CUCGCACAAUAAUCAGGUCGUAGUCAUAUUGUCGCCAACGCCAGCACCCGCUCCCCUCCCUCCCUCCUUCCUCACUCCACUUCUCUCUGCACGCGCCCGCCGCAAUCCACUCGCACAAAUUUCCAUAUGGAAGCUAUCCUGCUGCAGACCACCACCGAAGACCACUCGCACCCGCCGAUACAAUAAUUCCUCCGCAACCUAUAUUCGCAUACCACACCCUACGAUUCGACGCCAGGGAAGGCGAGGCGUCCACGCAUCUGUCACUCCUCGUCACGCACCUCCGCAUCCACGAGUAGAAGUAUCGCCAAAAUGCGGGAACGGAACAUGCUGAAACAGGCGCUCGAGAGCGGCAAGACAGUCUCCAAGGCUGCUCGCUCAAAGGAAAGCACUCCUCCGCUCAGCAGAAGCGGCAGCGCUGCGCCGUCUCCACGCGGAUCGCGCAUCGCCAGUAGGGAAGGCUCCGACGACGAAGACGCUUUCUCCGACGACACCGAGUGGAGCACCCGAAGCAUCGACGCGCUCGUAGCCCCGCCUCUCGAGUACGACGACGGCUCCGAUGCCUGGGUCGCUGUUCUGGAGGACCGCAUCAAUGCCAUUAUCGACCGCAAACGUAGUUCCACCGAAGGCCGCGAGAACGACAUGAGCGGCUUCAAUCUGAUCCUGACCCGUCACUUUGCGCAACAGCAGCUGCAGCCACGCGCUGACGAAGUCGUGGCCGCUCUCUUGAAGAGCGUCAAAGCGGGCCAGAGUGAGCGUGAAGUGGUAUUGGCCCUCAAGGCUUUGGCACUGAUCAUCAUUACCGAGCCCUCCGAAACUAUCUACGAUUCGGUGGCAGAUGCCUUCAAGCGGACCAUCAAUGACUCACAAUACCCGAAUGCAAAGAGCGCUGCUAUCCACGCGCUGAGUGUGGCAACUUUCUACGGCGGAGCUACACUCGAAGAGACGGAGGAGAUCAUGGAUCUGUUUCUGGACAUUGCGUCGACGGAUGGUGCAGUAAUCGAUGAGGCGGAUAACGGCGACGUCGUGGUGGCAGCCCUCGAAGAAUGGGGCUUCUUGUGCACCCAAAUGGACGACAUGGAGGAAAUGACAGAGCCAGCCAUGGACACAUUCGUCGACCAGCUCGAGAGCAGCGAUGUGGGCGUGCAGAUUGCCGCUGGCAUCAACAUUGCCCUCUUGUACGAGAAGAGCUACACCGAAGCCGAGUCAGAUGAUGAACCAGAAUCGGAUGAGGAGGAUGGUGCCAAAGGCCCACGGAUGAUCAAACGCUACACAGUCUACCGACAACAGCACAACCUCGAGCAAAUCUUGGAGAAGAUCUCGAAGGCCUCUUCAAAGCGUGUCUCGAAGAAAGAUCGCAAGCAGUUGCAUUUAGAGUUCAACGAUAUUCUCGCUACAGUAGAGAAGCCCACCAGAGGGCCUCGAUACAGCACAGCACUCGACCAGGAUGGCCGGGAAUACGGAUCGAGACUGAAAGUCACCAUACACGGCGGAGGCAAGAUGACCAUUGAUAAAUGGUGGAAGCUGCAGCGACUCAAUGCCCUCAAACGCCUGCUGCAGAGCGGCUUUAUGGUGCAUUACGAGUUCAAUCAGGUUGUUUUCGACAGCCUGCCCGUUAUCGUGGAGGACGAUUAAACGAUCUCUUUUCUUUCUGCGACAAUAUUGAUUGAUGAGGGUAUAUGAGAGACAUGCUUAUGAGUGACGAUGCGCUAUGAGAUACACAUGCAUAUAAUUCAUUAUCGCUAACACUUCCUACCC